AUGAUGAAGUUCGCUGCCACCCUUCUCUGCACUCUCCUCCUUGUUGCCGCCAUGGUUCAUGCCGAAAGCGCCACAAAGAGAGACGUCUUUGCCGUUGAAGACGAGUUCGGUGCUGCCCGACGUGGAUUGUUUGACAACCCAGGAAUGGACAUGGGCAUGAGCGGAAAGGGCUCCAAGAAGUCUUCUUCUUCUUCUUCUGGAAAGGGAGGAAAGGGAUCCAUGGACUCCGGAAAGGGAUCCAAGAAGAUGAGCUCUGGAAAGGGUUCCAUGGACUCUGGAAAGGGUUCCAUGGACUCUGGAAAGGGAUCCAAGAAGAUGAGCUCUGGAAAGGGUUCCAUGGACUCCGGAAAGGGAUCCAAGAAGAUGAGCUCUGGAAAGGGUUCUAUGGACUCCGGAAAGGGAUCCAAGAAGAUGAGCUCUGGAAAGGGUUCCUCGUCUGGAAAAGGUUCCAAGAAGAUGAGCUCUGGAAAGGGUUCCUCGUCUGGAAAAGGUUCCAAGAAGAUGAGCUCUGGAAAGGGAGGAAAGGGAACCAAGAAGGACAAGAUUGUUGACGACUUCCAAGACAUUGUCUUCGGAUCAAUGAGCAUGUAA